CUCCUGGGGCUCCCGGAAGAUUGUGACACAGAGAAAGGGACCAAACAGGAAAGAAUUAGCGGAAAAUGCUUCUCCUCUGGCAGCCACCAUGGCUGUGCCAGGAGUUAGCAGCAGCAGUGUGGAGCAGCCAGCCCUGCCUCCCCCUCCUUCAGCCGCCUCUAUAAACACGCAGGGCUUACUCAGAAGAUUAGAAAGGAACAGGGCAAAAGACAACAGAGUCUCUUUUGUAAUGAGAAAGGAUUAUGGCAUCAAGUGACCGGCUGCAGCUCCCAAGUGGUUUCAGGCUCCUUAGUACACCGCGUCUGUCAGGUUCAAUCCCCCCAUGAGCCAAGGGGGCAAGGAAAGGCAGGCUGUGGCGCUGGCCACAAAGGACCCAGCGAGGACACGUGCAGGAUCAAACCUCCACCGUCUCCAGUAUAGCUCAGGAGCCUGUGACUGAUCUGUGAUGACAGUGACAUACACUAACCGCGUGGCUGAUGCCCGCCUAGGCACCUUCUCGCAGCUCCUGCUCCAAUGGAAAGGCAGCAUCUACAAACUCCUUUACUCCGAGUUCCUUAUUUUCAUCUCCCUCUACUUCGCCAUCAGCCUUGUCUACAGGCUGAUCCUCAGUGAAAGCCAAAGACUGAUGUUUGAGAAGCUGGCACUCUACUGCAACAGCUAUGCUGAGCUAAUCCCUGUGUCCUUUGUGCUGGGUUUCUACGUGGCCCUGGUGGUGUCCCGCUGGUGGGCGCAGUAUGAGAGCAUCCCAUGGCCUGACCGCAUCAUGAACUUGGUCUCCUGCAACGUGGAUGGGGAGGAUGAGUACGGGCGGCUGCUGCGUCGCACGCUGAUGCGCUACAGCAACCUGUGCAGCGUGCUCAUCUUGCGCUCCGUCAGCACUGCUGUGUACAAGCGCUUCCCCAGCAUGGAGCACGUUGUGAGGGCAGGCCUUAUGACACCUGAAGAGCACAAGAAGUUUGAGAGCUUGAAUUCUCCCCACAACAAGUUUUGGAUCCCAUGUGUGUGGUUCUCCAAUCUGGCUGUGAAAGCAAGGAAUGAGGGGAGGAUCCGGGACAGCGUGCUGCUCCAAGGCAUCCUGAAUGAGCUCAACACUUUGCGCAGCCAAUGCGGGCGGCUCUAUGGGUAUGACUGGAUCAGCAUUCCCCUGGUCUACACCCAGGUGGUGACCGUGGCUGUUUACAGCUUCUUCCUGGCCUGUCUGAUCGGGCGGCAGUUCCUGGAUCCUGAAAAAGCAUACCCUGGCCAUGAACUAGAUCUCUUUGUGCCUGUCUUUACGUUUUUGCAGUUCUUCUUCUAUGCUGGAUGGUUAAAGGUGGCUGAGCAACUAAUUAACCCUUUUGGGGAGGAUGAUGAUGACUUUGAAACCAACUGGCUCAUCGACAGGAACUUGCAGGUCUCCCUUAUGGCAGUGGAUGAGAUGCAUCAGGAUUUGCCCAUUCUGGAGAAGGACCUAUACUGGAACGAGCCCGAUCCCCAACCACCUUACACUGCAGCCACCGCUGAGUACAAGCGCCCAUCAUUUCUUGGAUCAACCUUUGAUAUCAGCAUGCAGAAAGAAGAGAUGGAGUUCCAGCCCCUGGAGCAAAUUAAAGAGAAUGAGGAAGCAAACCAUUCCACGCCACUAUUGGGACACCUGGGCCGUCUCCUGGGUGUCCAGUCACCAAGUUUCUCCAGGUCCUCUUCUCGGAUGAACCUACUGCGCCGGCGAGGGGAGCCCACGUCCCCCUUCUCCCAUUACAUGUACCAAGACAUGGGCAAGUCGGGAAACAUCAGUCAGCCAAGGGGAGACACCAACUCACAGGAGCAGUGGGACGGUGAGGAUGGAAAACUGAGGGAGUUUGAUGCCUUCAUAUCUACCCCAUUUUAUGAGAGACCUGGUUUCUACAGUGCUCCACAGACACCCAUCAGCUCCAUCCCCAUGAUCUUCCCUUCGAGACGCCAAGGGCGCAAGAAGCCCCCUGCACUCUCCAGCAUAGCUGCAUGCUCAAAUUCUCUUAAGGACGUCGUUGUCAAUUCCUCACCUUCCAGGAUGAGUGAUACGUACAAAAGCCAGAGCUCCCUCGGCUCAAGUGCAAAGGAAACAUUUAUUUGGCCAACAGAACGGAAUAAAGGUCCUGACUCGCUGGUUGUAAUGGUGGAAGAAGAAAAAAGCAACUCUAGCAGUAAAAGCAGAGAAGCUGCCAUCACUGGAAGUCCAGCAGCUCUGUCCACAGCAUCAGACAGCCCUAAAUUCCCUUUCCUAGCAGAGUCCCCAGACCACGAGCAGCAGGGCAGCUUCAAAAGUCUGAAGAGUUUAAAAGGCUCCCACCCACCCUGGCUAGCUCUGGAGAACGCAGCAACAACCACGCCUAAUUCUGAGCAAUCGGGUGCCCUCCCCCAACACAGCAACGUACCGCCCAGCAGCAGCACCUCCCUCUGCUUCUCAUUCACUCCUGUCUCAUCUCCAGUGCUGGAGAGAUGCCCCAUAGGGAACAGAGGCCCCGAUACUCACAGUCUAAGUUCAGAAGACGCAGCCAGUGCACCAGACCAGCAUCCAUCAGAGGUUUCCAGGAGCAUGAGAGAUACAGCAAACAGAAGCAGUAACGCUCCUCCUACGAGAGAGGCAAGAAGAGCAGAAAGUCCAUCCACUAAUGACUCUGGCAUCUCUCUUGCUGAGGGUGACUACGUGGGGCUGAUGGAGGUGAUCAUGGAGACAAGUGAAAGCAUAUGUGAAGAGCAGAUGGAUCAGUGCAGCUGAAGGAGACUGACACACACACGUAUGCCAGGUAGAAAUGAUACUGCAGUGUCUUCACACCUGGCCCACACUAGCACUCAUCCUCCUAAAAGAAGGGCAGUGCUGCACCCCCAAACUUCUUGUUUCUGGAGUAUUAUUCACCUACAGCCCAGCACCAGUGACUCACCACUACUGGACUCAGGCAUAGUAGCAGGCACUUGAGCUCAGUGCCUGCAACAAGAAAAAAAAAA